GUAUACCUGACCGCAUUAUCUCUGUAACGACUCAAUUGAUUAAACACUAUAAGACUUAAGUUAUAGUGUUUAAUGUUAUUUAUUGUAGAGUAGCCUAAAUGAUUUGAUAAUUGCGCGGUCUGGUUGGAAUGGUCACUGUCUGCAGAGCGUGCGCGUUUUCUUUUAAAAGUGGUUUCUUGGUAACAGACUGAUGCUACUAGCUGCACCAUUAUUCAGUACAAGGCCAGCUCUGGACCCUGUCAGUUACCUCGGUGUCUCAGUCACUACCAACCUCUAAGAUAUGUCUUUCAUCGGGAAGCUGUUGAGUGGAGGAGAGAAGCUGACGAAGCCCUGCCGGCCGGAGGAGACGGAGCCUCUGCCGGACCGAGAGGAGCUGCUGGGGAAGAAAAGGGAGUUUCUGAAGAAGAAGAUUGACCAGGAGUUUCUGUUUGCCAAGACCAACAGUAGGAAGAACAGAAGAGGAGCUCUGCAGGCGCUGAAGAGAAAGAGGUGGUACGAGAAACAUCUCAAAAACAUCGACUGUGCUGUGAAGGCCAUGAGGUCUGCUCAUGAACACAUGGAGAUUGUCAACAAGCUGAAUGACGUGAUGAAGGAAAUCACAGAGGAGCACGAUCUGACCCAGGACAUAACCGGAACCCUCCUCAGUUCUGCCGGCUUUGAAGUAGAAUUUUAUGAGGAAGAGCUGCUGGCAGAGCUGCAGAGGCUGGAGAACAGUUUGGAUGAGAGUGUCUUUAAUAAGGACGCAGCGGAGAGGAGGCUGCCAUCCUCUGCAUCACCUUCUCAACCUGCCAUGACAGAGGAAGAAGACAUUGAAGGAGACUUAGAGCGUCUGAGGUGCUGGGCGAGUGCUCCCUCAUAG